GGUUACAGGUACUUAGCAUAAUAUGAUUUGUUGAUAUAUAUAUAUAUACAUAAACAGGAUAUUCACAUUACACAAGAGGAUAAGAUUUGAAUUCAUAUAUGUUACUCUUGUUAAUAUAUCUUACAUUUGAUAUUAAAUGUAUGCAUGUUCUUUAUUUUCUUAUUUUUAAUUUUUCUUUGUUUUUGAAUUGUAGACAGCGUACAGACAAGAGAGAGUCGUCCACGACUUUGUGAGGCAGUUGAUAGCUUUGCCCUUCUUGCCAGCUGUGGACAUCCCAGCCGCAUUUCGCAUGCUGCAACGACGUGUCAGGUGUCCUCUUCUCGUCCAGCUAUGUGAUUACAUCGAGGGUACUUGGCUGAAACACUCCAUCUGGAGCCCCGAGAAUUGGAGUGUCUUUGGCCAAGUGGUUCGGACGAACAACGACCUUGAAGGCUGGCAUCGUAGGCUAAACCUGAAGGCCAAUGACUCCAAGCCACCAAUGUAUGUGCUCAUCCGUAUCCUACAGAAGGAAGCUUCCCUCCUACCACUACACAUACAGAUGGUUUCCGAGGCCAAACUGAUGAGGAGACACAGGGAGGAAACAAAGACAACACAGGCCCAGCUGUUCUCUUUGUGGGACCAGUGGGAGAAGGAUGAGUUGACCGCCUCCCAGUUUCUGAAGCUUGUUGGGAAAAGCUACGGCUUUUAGUGUAAACUGUGUUGUGUUAGUGUAGUGUUGGUUCUGGAGCACAUGUUUAUGGAGGACUGGUACCACUUUCAGUGACAUGUGUAAAAGUUUUUAAACAUUUAGCUUUUAUAAUUGAAUUAAAAUGUGUGUUGUGUAGAUCGAGAUUUAGUGCUUCAAAAAUUGUGUUGAUUAGUGCUGUUUUAUGUUAUAACUCAGUUUUAAUAGUGACUUGUGUUAUAUAUAAUAUGUUAAUACAUAUUCUGGUUUGUUUACGGUGUUUAGGGUGAAGCUUUAAGCUGAGGCUAACAAAAUUGUAGCUAUCAAUCUUUUGUUCGAAAAUGUUAGUCAUGUUAAAUGUUUUGUGUUUAUUUGAUGCUAAUGAUAAAUAGUAGCUAACUAAA